CGACUGCUUUGUGGCUCUUCUUAGUUUGGAAGAUUACUUCGUAUUUGCCACGUUUCUCGACUGCAAUUGAACGUGACACGUGUUCCGGGAGAUAUUUUUGGUUCCAGAAAAGUACGUUUCGGAUUCGCGUUUCCGUCUCUCGCUCGACACGUGGCACUCCCAUUCCUUAAUUUUUUCCUUUAAUACCAAUCGAGACGUCAGUUUAUACCUCCGAUUCUCUGUUGCAGCGCACGCAAUCACCAAUGGACACGCGUCACAACUACCAAUGAUAGCUCGACACAUUUAGCGUCGGGGAGCUCCAUGGAUCUUUUAUUCUAGCAUAAAGCCACGUGUGUUAUUCUCGAGCACCGGACCAACUGAUAUAAAUACGAUAGAUCACGACGCGCGUGUUUAGACCGCAAAAACUCAAAUGCUUCUAGAGGGAAGAUUCUCCGUCGUCCAGAUGAACACGAAUAGACGGCUCAAAUUUAACCAACCGAGUCGAUUACCCAACUCGGGUAAGUCAGGUAUAGAGAAUGAGCGAGUCCUGGUUCUUGUCUUCGAGUCCAUUAGCUGGGACAUCCACACGCUAUGCACAAUCGCCUCCCUCAGCCGCAGAUUCUGCGCAAUCGCCAGACGAAUUCUGUGGCGGCGGCUCUGUGUGAACCGUGCGCCAGGGAUGGUGGCGGCAUUGUCCGGCGAAGAUCCCAGCGGUCGAAUCGACGGCGGCUGGCACGCGUUAGCGAAACUCAUGUUCUUCUGCGGCGGGGGUGAGUCGACUCGGUAUUUCAAUCUGAGUCAACCGACGUCGGGUCACUUCGCCUGCGAGUCCAGAUUCUCCAAGACAUCCGGGAGAUUCUUCCUGCCAAAGAAUUGCCGCCGUGAUCUCCUAUACAUGAGCGAUCCGUGCGAGCAUCAGGCGGUGGGUGGAGAUGAGCAUUUAGGGGUUUUCAGAGGGGUAUUUCGGGAAUUUAUGAGGUCAAAGACGAGGGAGUGUCUCGUGAGAAGACAAGCGGCGCUGGAGGAGAAGGUUAGGUGUCCGUAUUGCGGAGGGCGCGUGUGGAGCAUGACGGCGGCGCGUCUCGUCCCGAAGAGUGCGGCGCGGCGGCUGGGAUCACGUGAAGGUGGGUUAGAGUUCUUCGUGUGCGUGAACGGUCACUUGCACGGCACUUGCUGGCUGAUUCCGCUUUCAUCGGAGGAAGAAGACAAUGGAGAAGACGACGACAACAGUGACGGAAGUGUGAUCUAAUCCAAUGGUGGUGGCGAUGUCCACGUGGAAUUAGGUCUCUUGGGCCAUAUGCAAACCACAAGAGGAAAAUCUCAGUUAGAUUUCUCCUAUGAGAUGUGGAGCUCACUAGUAGUAGUUGCAGGCUGAUUGUGGAUCGUGAGAAGAUCUUUCUAUCUAUCACCGAUUUGUCUAGUUUGGGUUUAGAUAAUUUUGGUACACUACACACUCAUAGAUAAUUUUGGUACACUACACACUCAUAGUCAUAGAUCAUUAGAAUUUUAUUGUAUCUGGUUUGUUUUAUUGCGAAAUGUUGGCCAUUAAUUUGGUGAAGUAUAAAAAGAAAUUGAAACAAUAACAUUUGGUUUUAUU